UCCUCUGUCGUAUUCGAUUCUCGGGACCCAUUUAAACUUCAGCUAAUAGUUUUUUUUUCCCCACCCAAAGUGGGUUUUAACACUUGAAACUCCGCACAGUAAAUUCGGGACUGCAAUUUUACCUCUCCUUUCCUUCUCCUUACCCGAAAGUCUUAAAGCCAUGUUGCUGCCAUCGUCUCUGCUGCUCAUUCUCAGCUUCCUCACCUGGAGUCCCAGUGCAACACGGGCCGGUAAAAUCAUCGUGGUCCCACCCAUUAUGUUCGAAUCGCACCUCUACAUCUUCAAAACGCUGGCGACGGCACUACACCCAGAGGGCCACGAGACACAUUUUCUAGUUUCAGAGGGCCGUGAGGUCCCGCCCUCUCCUCACUACCAUUUGCAGCGCUAUCCAGGGAUCUUUAACAGCACAACAGCUGACAACUUCCUCCAGUCCAAAGUCAGCAACAUCUUCUCAGGCCGCUUGACAUUUCUCGAACUGUUCGACAUCCUUGACCACUACUCUCAGAACUGCGAUGCUGUUGUCGGCAAUGGUGAAGUAAUGAACCGCCUGAAGGAGGCCAAGUUCGACCUGCUGCUGGUGGACCCCAAUGAAAUGUGCGGUUUCGUCAUUGCUCAUAUCUUGGGCGUGCAAUAUGCUGUUUUCAGCACAGGCUUGUGGUACCCUGCAGAAGUCGGAGCGCCGGCGCCGUUGUCGUACGUGCCAGAAUUCAACUCGCUGCUGACAGACCGCAUGUCCUUAAUGCAGAGAAUUGCCAACACGGGCGUCUACCUGGCACAGCGGUUUGGAGUCCAUUACAUUGUGUUACCAAAAUAUGACCGGAUUAUGAAGAAGCAUGGAGUAAAGCCUUACGCGGCCAUGGCCGACUUGGUGCAGGGGAGUAGGCUGUGGAUGCUGUGCACUGAUAUGGCUCUGGAGUUCCCAAGGCCCACCCUCCCUCAUGUCGUCUACAUCGGAGGCAUCCUCACAAAACCCCCGAGCCCACUACCACAGUCUUUUCAGGCCCUGGUGAACGACACAGCAGAGCAUGGCUUUGUGGUGGUGUCGUUUGGCGCUGGAGUCAAGUAUCUCUCCCAGGACAUUGCUCACAAACUGGCAGGAGCUCUGGCCCGUCUGCCACAGCGUGUCAUCUGGAGAUUCUCUGGAGUUGCACCCAGUAACCUUGGCAACAACACCAAGCUUGUUGAUUGGAUGCCACAGAAUGACCUAUUGGGCCAUCCUCACACUAAGGCCUUUCUGAGCCACGGGGGCUUAAACAGCAUCUACGAGGCCAUGUAUCAUGGGGUGCCGGUGGUGGGUGUGCCUCUCUUCGGAGACCACUAUGACACCAUGACUCGUGUGGCAGCCAAAGGGAUGGGAGUCAUGCUGCACUGGAAAGACAUGACGGAGAAAGAUCUCUACGCUUCCCUCAGCAGUGUCAUCAACGACCCCAGGUACCGCCAGCAGGCUCGUCUCCUCUCCAACAUUCACAAAGACCAGCCAGGCCACCCAGUCACCAGGGCUGUGUACUGGAUCGGCUACAUCCUCCGUCACAGUGGCGCUAACCACCUGCGCUCGGCUGUGUAUGAAGUGCCCCCCUACCAGUACUUCCUUGUGGACGUCCUUCUUGCUGUUGCAGCUGCCGGCGCCCUCAUAGUGUUUUUACUGCAUAGGUUGGUACGUCUCCUCAGGGGCAAGGCCGGCGACCACAGCAGAAGAGUCGACGGCAGCAUGACCAAUGGACACUGUCACUCUGAGAGCAUUGCCAACGGGAAGCACAAACGCAACGGUUCCUUGAAAUCCGAGAAGAAGAUAAAUUAGUGUUUCUGAAUGGCGACGUGAGGAAGAAGUUGCCCUAAGGACUCAGUUCUAGGUUUGGUUCAUUGCUUUGACAAAAAGCGUGGAGCAAAAGCUGUUCUUAGGUCUGUGUCAACGAGGCAACUGCUACUCAGAGAAGCACAAGGCUGUAGGAGGAUACACUGCAUUGUGUGGGGACAGCAAGGCAUCGGGUGCUCCAAAUCUGUUGUGUGUAUGUGUGUGUUUAGAUGAAUGUUUGUGCUAUGAGGCAGAAUUAACAGAAAAAAAAAGAAGAAAAAAAAAAAACUAUAACCACAGCUACAGCGAGACACCGCAAGUUGUUUUUUUACGGAUGAAACAAAGGAAGGACACAUCUAUACAAGCAUCUCAUCUACUCCAUGUUCCCUGCUGGCUUCCUCAGCAGAGGGAGGACCACCAAGCCUUCAUCCUAGGAACAAAAGCAACAAAUCAAACUGCUUUGGAUUGAUCCUGUGUUUUAAAGUGUCUGGUGAUAACUGUAAACAGAAGAAAAAUCUAUUUAUUGCUGCUCCAAUGCAUUUUAAUGAUGGACCUUUUUAACCUUGUCUUUAUUGUUAAUUUAUUUCAUCUGUCUGUCAGAGAUGUGACAGCAUGACGGUGGACGUACACUCCUUAUUCCGAGAUCGCAUCUCUCUUUGUAUUAGUGAAACAAGCAACUUUGACAGCAGCGAUCGAGGAUGAGUCAGAGCAUCACUCAUUUACGAUUGUUGCUACCGUAGUCUCCCGUUUCUUCGUUCUGCUUCCGUAAUCUAUUUAUCGCAGUAAAGAUUUCUUACCCUGUUGCCAUUGUCAGGGCUGCACUUGACUUUGUACAUAAUUUCUCCAUUAUUUAGUUGUUACUUAAAUUCUGUGCACUAAUUUCAACUCGUCACGAUUGCUAGCCUUAAAUUACUUUUCCCACAGUUUUACUUUGAUAAGCCUGGAAGACAUUGCUGUUGCCAUCCAUGUGCAAACCAGCAGACUUUAUAGAACUUAUUAUAAUUUCAAUGCUUGAAUGAAGUGCCUUCUCAAGGCUUUAUGUAAAAUCUACAGGGCUCUCCACAUUAUUGGCAUCUCUACUAGAUAUCUUAAAGCAGCUGUUGAACAAAUUAUUCUUACGCUUUACCAUAAUAAAAUAUGUGUUUUAGCCAUUCUUCAAAAAAAUGUUUUAUGAUUAUUUAGUAAUCAUUGACCUGUUUCCCUUUAGAGUAUGUGUAUGAAGUCACAGAGGCCUAUUUCAAUACCUGAUGGUGUUUUUUUUUAUUAAUUUUACAUUUAAUUUCUAUGUCUAAGAACUAUUCAUAGGUAAUCGAAAACUUUGUUUCCCUGGAGAAACAACAUCACCAAGAUGCCAUUUUCUUUUAGCCACUAUUCCAAAUGGUAAAAAAGAGAACAUGUUAAGAAAAUAAGUAGAAGAAAACUGCUGCUCAUUCAAGCUUGAAAAUAUCAGCAGCAGAGACAGUAUUACAAGUUUUAGAAAACUUAAACUGUGACAAACAAGGUCACUUAGGAAGGAAAAAAAACAAAAACAUUAAGCAGCACAUAUGCUACUCAUCCCAAUCGAAGUUGACCAGUGUCUGUAAACGUCACAAUAAUGAAAGACUUCAUACUUUCUAGGAGAAUGUAUACAGAAAGCAGGGACCUAUUUCUCUUGGCCACUCUUCCAAAUGGGAAAGGAACUAUUACUAUGUCAGAAAAUGGGCUUUCGUUGCACCACGUUUAGCCCAAGAUCAUCUUCACACCCUGCAGUGGAAAAUGUUGGUAAGAGAAGCAUUACCAACAUUAGUCAACAGUAAACUUUUCAUGUGUCUGAUUAUGCUACUUGCAGUAAAAGAUUAAUUAUUUUCUAACUUUAAAAAAAAAAAAAAAA